AUGGAGCGGAGUAACUUGGAGCAGCUUACGCUGGAAGAGCUGAAAGACGAAGCUGCUCGUUACGGUCUGCCGAAUCAAGGAUCAAGGAACAGCUUGAUAGAUGCAAUUAUGACGCAUCUCGAGAGGAACGGAAGAACAUCGGAGCGGACGGAGCCAGUGGCCGGGCCAAGUGGCGAGGCGGUUGGAACGAGAAGCGACGGAGCUGCGGUUAAAGUUUCUCGGCCGCCGGAUUCUACUCUGAUGUUAACUCAAAUGAUGGCGGCGUUGAGUCGCUUGAUGCAGCAGCAACAACAGGUAACACAACUGUUGCAGACGCUGUCUGCAGUAAGAGGAGAAACGCGCCGAGUUGAGGAGACAGAGGUGCGUGCAACGCAGCAGGUCCCCAGGGAAUCUCCAUCGAGGUCAACUCCUUCAGGCGUGGUAAGCCGGAGGACGGCGGAAGGAUGGUCAUCGGGCCCAGCAAUCCAGGCAAUCGCUUCGCAAAUUCCAGAAUUUGCGGGAGCGGAAGAAGAUAACGUGUCCGCAUGGGUGAGACGCGUCGAUAAGGUUGCGGAAGUACAUCAGGCUUCCGACGGAGUAAUUUUACUAACGGCUUCUAGCCGUCUCACGAAGUCGGCACGCCGAUGGUACGACGUGCAGGGCGGAAUAGUGAUAGAAUCCUGGCAAGGAUUACGAGCAGAGCUGACCAAAAUAUUUGAUCGGAAGAUGCCCUUCUACAAGGUAAUGCAAAAGGUAGAAGCACGGAAAUGGCUGUCCGGAAAGGAAUCUUUUGACGAUUAUGCCAUCGAUAAACUCGGACUGAUGCAUCGGGUCGACUUAAAAGAGGUCGACAAGGUACAUCUGUUGGUGAGCGGAAUACAGCAGAGCUCUUUGCGAGCAACGGCAUUAUCGUUAGGGGAAGAGACAAUCGAAGGGUUCCUGGCAAGGAUGAGGAGCAUCACGCAGAGCGUGGCGGAACAAGAAAGGAAGCCGGCGGCAGCAGGUUCGGCUGCGAGGAGUAAGGAGAUCCAGUGCCACAAUUGCGGGAAGAAAGGACACAGUCCACGAGAAUGCAGCGCUGAAACGCAAUGUUUUUAUUGUAAGCAGAAAGGGCAUAGGAGGUACGAGUGCCCUUCGCUGAAGAAGAAGGACCAAAGGCCAGCAACCAAACCACCAGCGGCAGCAGUCCAAGUAGCGGCGAGCGUGGACGAGGAGCCGAAGGAGACGGUGGCGAUGGUGCAGACAGAGCUUCCUCGGUUGGUUCUUAGCGAUCCCGUUGUCCAAGUCUGUAAGAUGAUGGGAGAAAACUGUGAGUUAACUGCACUGAUAGAUACUGGUAGUCCGGUCUCAUUCGUAAAAUUAAGCGCUUAUAAUCAAUAUGUUAGAGACAAGAAUGUACUUUUGAAACCGUCGAACAGAAAUCUUAGAAAUCUAAGUGAUCAAAUUUUAGAAAUAGAUGGUAUUGUUCGCGUGGAAAUCUCGUUACGGCAGUUACCCGAUACGAAAUUCGAAGUAGAUCUUUAUGUUUUGAAAGAUAAUUCAUUCCAAGGGGAUAUUAUUCUGGGCCGCGAGUUUAUAAAGGAAGAAAAACUUACUUUAGUUUAUGAGCCUUCAGCUCGAGACGAUAAUACCGUCAAUCUAUUUUCGUUCUUACCUCUAUGUGUUAAUGAUGAAGAAAGCGAGAGCUCGCUGGAACAAAUAAUUGAAAAUAGUGUUAUUGAUUUCGAUCACAAGGUGAAGGAUAAGCUGAUAGAAACAGUUUUCGAAAUAGAUAGAAAUCAAUAUUCGCCUGUAAAUGAUAACUAUACGGUUCAAGUCCGUUUGAAGGACUCUUCUGUGUACGCGUAUGCCCCAAGACGCUUCGCGCAAGCUGAAAGAGUAGAAAUACGCGAAAUUAUAGAUGAUCUGUUGAAACGUGGUAUAAUUCAACCUAGUGUAUCGUCAUAUUGCGCGAGAGUCGUACUAGUUAAGAAAAGAAACGGAAAGACGCGGUUAUGCAUCGAUUUGCGACCUUUGAAUCUCAGAGUUUUUAAACAAAAAUAUCCAUUCCCGGUAAUGGAAGAAUGUUUUGCUCAGUUAAGUAAUAAAAAGGUCUUCACAUUAAUAGACCUAAAGGACAGUUUCCAUCAGAUAAAAGUACACGUGAGUUCCACACAAUACUUUGCGUUCGCGACUCCAGACGGACAAUACGAGUACACGUGUCUACCGUUUGGAUACUGCGAGGCCCCCGCAGAAUUCCAAAAGCGAUUACGACAAAUUCUCGAAAAAUUAAUUCGGGAAGGGAAGAUUCUGUUAUAUAUAGACGAUGUGUUCAUUGCGACGGAAACAAUAGAACAGAAUUUGGGAAUUUUGAAAGAGGUCAUGAUAAUUUUAAAAAGAUAUGGUUUCGAGUUGAAUUAUAAGAAAUGUAGCUUCUUGAAAAGAAAAAUAGAGUUUCUAGGAUAUUUGGUUUCAGCCGACGGGAUAACGUUGAGCCAAAGGCACACAGAAGCGGUAGAAAACUAUAAACCUCCGCGUGAUAAAUUACAAUUACGUCGUUUCCUCGGAUUCACUAAUUACUUUAGAAGAUUUAUUAAAGAUUACGCGGCAAAAGCGAAACAGUUGCAAAAUUUACUUAAGAAGGACGUAGAUUUUAAUUUGAGUAACGAAAGCAUGAAAUUUUUUGAGUUACUUAUGUGA